AUGUAAGAUUGAUGAAGAGCCUCGAGCUCUUGAGUAUGCGAUAAUGGUACAUGAUUAUGAGGGUGAUAAGAAUGAGUAUGUCGGGCGGUCCCUUCACUUUUUGAGGGACAACCCGAGGUCGAGUAUGACUAAGGGCGAUAUCCUACGCAUGUGACAUCAAUAUGAGAUUCAUUCUUCUAUACAAAUGUGACUUCCAACUAUCGUUGAGCGUCCCAAUUGGGAUAGUGGCGAUUGGGUUUGUAUGUAUGAAUUUCCUUUUCAGAUUGGCUUUUGAUUCCCUUUCCCUCUAUUUGUACAAGAAGUGUUGGACUAUUAUGGGGUAGCUCCUAGCCAACUCAUGCCAAAUGCUUGGAGGUUAUUGUUGGGUAUAGAAGUCAUAGUUAGAGUGAAGGGGAAGAGGGUUGACUUUGUAGAUUUCAAGUCAAGUUAUUAUCUUAAACAACACGAUACAGAUAAAGGUCGAUAUCGAUUCAUUCUUAGAGCAAACAAAAAAGCUUGGGUAACAGAGUUGGUUGCUAGCAACAAGAGGGGUUGGAGGAAGAAAUAUUGUUUUGUCAAAGGUGACCUGUUUGGAAUGAGUGAUUAUGUGGUUCCUACUUCAUGGAGAACCUUAAGUAAGGGGCUUACUCGAUGUCCUCGCAGGGGGUGUUGGUCUGAAGCUCAAGUUAACGACUUGCUCUCUAUUCCUUUCGAUCAUAGUGCCCAUAAAAAGCUUCUUAUUUUGAAUAAAUCUUGUGUUGGAAAGUUAUGGAGAGGUGCGCAACGUCAAGAAGGUAGUAUUUUUUCACUCAACGUUGUCAAGCGCGCCCCCAUCCUUUUGUUGACCCGAGCCUUAGAGAAGAUGAUGCUGUUGCUAGGGGUAAGACUAAUUUACUUGGAAAGAGGUCUAAGAAGACCACAAGUCAUGUUGCAAAAUCUCGAGUUCCUGCUAAGGAACAUGAAGCUGGUGGCUCUCUGUUGCUAACUGAUGGUGUGGUUGUGGCUUCUCCACUGAGGGGUGACAACGUGUUGUCUAUUGAGGAGAGUAUGAUCAACCUGUCCAUCUCUUCUAAUAUUUCAGCUUACUCUGACCCUGCUUCUAUCAAAGGUCAUGUUAAGGCUCUUCUCCAUUCGAGAGAUGAAGAGCGUUUGAGGGGCAUCAGAGUUGCGGGGUGAGUGAAUUAUGGUGUUUCUACGAUUUACCAAGCUAUUCAAGCAGUCCUCUACAACAAUUUCUCUUAAUCAUAAGAACAGGCUUUGAACAAGGAGCAGUCUAGACUUAGCAAGGAAGUGGAGAACUUGAAACUGGAAGGAGAGACUACCAAAUCAUCAUAUGACAAGCUCAAACUGGAUUAUUCCUCGUUGAACACUGAGUUGGAGCGUGUGCAUGCCAGACUCAAGGAGUAGGAGGCUAAUUAUGUCGCAUUGUACCAGGAGGUUGAUGAUAUUUCGCUCAAGACUGCCAUCAAGACAAGGGGGAG